AUGCUCAAGCUGUGUAUUAUACUCAUCGCGCUUGCGGUUGCCAAUUGCGAGUUCAGGUGUGCCCGCACCCACAAAGCGGGGCCUUGCAGACACCGCCACCGCCAGCACGGACAGAAUCACCGCCUCUACGACCGAGUCUUCAAGGAGCUCUCGUCCAGCGUGAUAGCCACAGAUCGGGAGUACCAAGCCGCCUGCGACCCCAACCACACCGUCAGCGAGUAUUACGGCCUCGACUUCUACACGCUGAGGUACUCGCUCGCCGAAUUCGGAGACGAGAGUGUCGCGAUAAAAACGAGGCAUCGUGUGGUGUACCUCAGCGCUCGGAACUCGACCACGGUGUUUAACGACAUCAGAAUACUACCGAGUGUCGUGGACGCGCAGAGCGGCCAGUGGUACAUGGAGGGCGGUGAACUGGUUCUACACUUCAAUUACAGGAGACCACCUAAGACUGAGACGUUGCUGACAUGCGACGCGUUUGUGGAGGAGCGGGUUCGUCAAGUGGCCAAAUUCAGUACAGGUAUCGAGUUAAGGGGCAUGGACUCGGCCCGCUAUGGUGCUGCGACCGACUCCUCCAUAGUUUUCAGUGAAAAUGUCGUA